AAACUAGAUGUUCCUUUCCGGCAGUGAUGACCUCCCUACGAGAACAUGCCUCUUGCAAAGGAUCUUCUUCAUCCCUCUCCAGAAGAGGAGAAGAAGAAACACAAGAAAAAGCGCCUGGUGCAGAGCCCCAAUUCCUACUUUAUGGAUGUGAAAUGCCCAGGAUGCUAUAAAAUCACCACGGUCUUUAGCCAUACACAAACGGUAGUCUUGUGUGUUGGCUGCUCCACUGUCCUCCGUCAGCCUACAGGUGGAAAAGCAAGGCUGACAGAAGGAUGCUCCUUCAGGAGGAAGCAGCACUGAAAGCCCCUGAUUCAAGAUGAGUGGGAACCAGGGGUUGGGGAUUUAGCUCAGUGGUAGAGCGCUUGCCUAGCAAGCGCAAGGCCUUGGGUUCGGUCCCCAGCUCCGACAAAAAAGAAAAAAGAAAAAAAAAAAGAUGAGUGGGAACCUUCCCAAUAAACACAUUUUGGAUAAAACAAACAAAAACCAAACAAAACUAGAUGUUUUGCAAGCACUGAUUUGUGAGACCAGAAUUCCUGGCACCCAGAAGUGGGAAGUUGCACCAGGUUCUUCUAUGGCUCCUCAUGUGCCUGCAUUCUCUUCUGUACUGGGCAGUGCAAGUUGGAGAGGGUGGAGUUGGGAGGGUGAGCAGGGGCAUGUCCCCCACCUACAGCAUAAGGUUGCUAGAUGGUUCAGAGAUAAGCUUUGCUCAGAAUGAGCUCUGGGGCGUCAUCUGCGGUCUCAAGCCAAGGAUGGGACUGCUUUAACUUUUUUUUUUUAAACAUUUAUGUGGGAUUGGAGAGUUCAGAGCACCAGCUGCUCUUGUAAAAGACUUGGGUUUGAUUCUCAGCACCCAUGUGUUGACUCACAUAGGUAACUCUAGUUUCAGAGCAUUUGAUGCCCCCUUCUGACCUCUGCAGGUACUGCACACAAGACCUUUACACAUCUAAAAAUUCUUCAAAAGUGUGUAACUUUUUGGAAGUUAGUUUUCAUGGUGUGGAUGGAUGGGCUGUGGGGAUGGAACAUAUGUUUUCAUCUGGCUAAAAGUGCCUCUGUGUACAUCAUGGAGCCUCUCACCAAUUACUGCCUUACUUUUUUAAAAACCCUGCAUAGCUGAGUGAAUGGGAUAUGCCUGUUAGCCUGUAUUCGGUGGCUGAGGUAGGAGAUCUUGACAUCAAGGUUAGCCUGAACUAUACAGUAGUGGACAUGGGGGUACAUGUCUCUAGAGAAUUCUAGUACUUGAGAGGCAGAAGCAGGAGGAUCUCUCUGAGUUCAUGAAGCUAGCUGGUCUACAAAGUGAGUUCCAGGAUAGCCAGGUCUGUUAAGAACCUUGUCUCGAAAAACCAAAACCACCCAAACACAAUGGGGUAUAGUUAUGUCCUCAGCACACAAUAUCCCAGGUUGACCUGGACAUCAGGGAUUUGCCUGCCUCUACCUCCCCAGGGGUAUACAACUAAGGGCAUGGGCCACCAUAUCAAAGAUGUUAGAAAAUUUAUGAUUAGAAACCUAAUCUUAGAAAAUCAUGUGAGUGGGUGCCUCCAAAGGUCGCAGGUGUUGGAUCCCCUGGAGUUGGAGCUGGAGGUGGUUUUAUGCCACUUGAUAUACGUGUUGGGAUUUGAACUCAGGCCCUCUGGAAGAGCAAUAUGCAAUCUUAACCAUUAAGUGUCUACCACUGUGUAGACAGAUGAGUCCUGAGAGCAGAGUAAAUGUAAUAAAAUACACGCCUAAAUUAAAAAACCUACCUGUUCUUCACACAGCUCGCCUGCUCUUGAAAAUACAGUGGCAGUGACCACACAAGACUCCGUCCCUGUCCAGGCAUGGAGGGCUAACAGGACUGAUAGACAUUGGAGUUCAUACGCGUGUGUGUGUGUGUGUGUGUGUGUGUGUGUGUGUGUGUGUGUGUGCGCGCGCACGUGCGCCGCCCAUAGAGGACUCUCCCUCAACCCCAAACACAGGUCAUCUGUCUCUCCUGCCUAUUCAUUUUUUUUUUUUUUUUUAUGAUGGGAAGCUCUAUUUUUUUUUAAAGACUUAUUUUAUUUAUGAGUACACUGCUGGUCUCUUCUAAGAAGAGGGCAUGGGAUCCCAUUCUCUGCAGCCCUUAAGGAUUUAUUUAUUUUAUGUUAUGAGUACACUGUAGCUGUCAGACACACCAGAAGAGGGCCUCGGAUUCCCAUUAUAGAUGGUUGUGAGUCACCAGGUGGGUGUUGGGAAUUGAACUCAGGACCUCUGGAAGAGCAGUCACUCUUAGCCACUGAAUCUCUCUGGCCUUGCCUAUUGUUUUUUUUGAGACAGGGUCUUAUGUAGCCCUGACUGGCCUCCAGUUCAGAUGAUAGUGCAGCCCAGAUUCCUCACUCAGCCUGCACUUUCUGAGUGAGGUGACGGCUAUUCCUCUUACAUCACACAAUGAGAGAAAUGGAAACAAUUCAAGAGUCCAGUUUGGAAUAUGCAUAACCUUGGGAGUUAAUGAAUUAACAAGAGACUAGGGGGUCGAACAAAUAUCUUGGGUGCACAAAGAACCUGCUCUUAGGAGGGUUUCUUAAAAUAGAAGGAUUUCUAGUCUGCCCCAUAAAACAGGAACAUUGUAACCCCUGCUUGCUCAAGUAUAGAAGCAUAAUGAUGCAGGGCCAGCAAGCUUGUUUGGAUAAAGGAGCUUGCAGCCAAGCCUAACAACCUGAGUUUGAUCCAGGGAUCCAGAUGACAGGAAAGUAAACUCUAGGGUUGCCCCCUGACCUGUAAAGGCAUAUACCCACACAUAUAUGCAAAAUAAUAGAAAUUUAAAGUUAUAAAUGCAUAUUGAUGGGGAUGAUAUAAGACCUUAAAUGCUUCUGAGUGCAGGGUGACUGGCAUGGAGAUGGCUGUUUACCUUACAUUGCACAAUAAAGUCCAAUGGAAACAAUUGUGUGGAGCGGGGGCUUGGACACCUGUAGCUGGAAUUUGGGUGCCCAGGCCUCCGCUGAGCAGGAAAGUAGGACCUAGGAAAUUCUGAGAAGUAGACAAUUGAAUUUCCUCUUCCACCGAAUUGUUGCAAAGUUUCCCGUGGGUACAGCUAUCAUCAGUUCAUAGGAGGAGUCGGGGGAACCGAGGCCGGGUUGGUGACUUCCCCAGCUGAAGUCACGCACGUUUUAGGGAACUCAUGAACGUCCAGGAAGGGCAAAAUGGAGCGCUUUUGAAAUUCACUUUACCCUUUUGCAUAGCAGGUAUCAAAUUCUGGCUCCAGAUCUUGAAUCACCGGGUUUCGAACCACUUUCUCUCGGUGGCUCAGACCCAGCGCUGAUGUUGUGCAGGAAAUCACGUACUCAGCAGCC